AUGGCUGCAAUGGUGGGCAAAUACGCUGCCAACAAGAUGUUGCGCGGCCAGAUGGCAAAGUACCAGAGCAAGAAGCCUUGCGGCGAUCAAGAUCCGUUCUUUGUAUACAUCGACGACCCACGCAAGCCCGGCAAGCAGAAGAAGGUCAAGAAGACUGUUCCAUCCUACAUCCCUGAACACGACGCCGACGUCCUAGCCAAAAUGCGCCGUCGCUCUUACAGAAUGGACAUGGCACUCUUCGAAGUCUUUGGUACACGCUUCGGCUGGUCCUCCGUCAUUGGCAUAGUCCCCGCUGCCGGCGACGCCAUUGAUGCCGCUAUAGCCUUGUUGCUCGUCAGGGGCUGCAUGAAGGUCAAGGGCGGUUUGCCAAUGGGCAUUCUCAUCCAAAUGCUCAUCAACGUCGCUCUCGACUUCCUCAUCGGCCUCGUUCCUUUCCUCGGCGAUCUUGCCGAUGCCUACUUCAAGGCCAACACCAAGAACUGCCGACUCCUAGAGGAACAUCUGGACAACCUGUACAAGCCUGAUAACCUCAGAGCGACUGGAGGCCGCUCAGGCAAGAAGAACCCGCCUGCUACAGCGUUCGAAGACUUUAGUGACGAAGAAGACGACCGUAGA